AUCCAAAAGUAAAUGAAAGUUAAAUGAAAAUGUCAUAAUGCGUGGGUAGAUCUCAUUUCACACAAUGGAUAUAAUCCUCCAGAAAUGUUUUUUUUUAAAAAAUUUCUCUUCCACUGGAUAUACUAAAUACCCAAAGUGAGUUUGUUAUUUUAAAUACUACAUAAUUAAUCGACGUGAUUCAUUAUGAUUUAAGCAAUUUGCUUUGUGAGUUCAGAUUUUCUUGAAUGUUUUCUAUAUGUACAACACAAUAGUGGUAAUGAUUCUCUAGGAUCUCCUGAUUAGAUUUUCCUCUAGCAAAUGCAGAUAUGGUUUGGGAAAUGCAUGUGGAUGUCUUCUCUAACUUUGUUAAAACAUGAGUCAAAAGCAAAGAUGUCCUUAGGUCAGGCCAAAUACUUCAUGCCCCCUCCCUCAGUUUUAUUUUUGGUAGAUUUUGUUAGGGCUGCGGGGCUGUGUGUGUGUGUGUGUGUGUGUGUGUGUGUGUGUGAGAGAGAGAGAGAGAGAGAGAGAGAGAGGGAACCCCCAUCUUGACCACAGGUGCUUGAUAUCAGCAUCUCCUGGAAUAUGUGGAGUACUCAAAAUCAUGUUCUAUAGACCUAUUUUUGUAAAUUCUACAAGAAAGCCCCAUGAAACUGUAACUGGUGGAUUUAUAUAGACGAUACUGGGAAAGCUUUAUAGGGGCACUGAUUUGGAAUAAUUGGGGAUCACUGUAGUGAAAAGGCCUGGAUUUCAGCUUAGAUCUGAGGUUUGCCAUCCGUCAUCACGACUGAGAGCCCGUGGGCAAGACCCUUGAAGAAACGGAGGCUUAGAGCAGUCACUGUAAAAUACCUAUGAACACCUAGGGGUAUUGGGAGGCCUCAGAGAAGGAGGAAGGACCAAGGGCGCUCCGCUUGAUCCGCCAGCCCUGGAACCUGAUUGCAGCUCCCACGACCCCCUUGCCGGGGUCUGCACCGGGGGGUCUGGGCCCUGCGCCUACGCCGUGCGCUGGCUCGCGGUCGGCGGUCCUCGUUGACUUUUAAAAGGAGCAGCCCCGCGCCGCCCUGGCUGCCGCACUGGCCUCUGCUGGCGGGAGGGGGCCGACCGGGCCGGCGGGGCAGGGGCGCAGCCCCCUGCCCCAUGUACCAUGAGCAAUUAUGACACUAACAGAGAACAGGACUAUGUCAAGAAUUCUGGGGGUGUACUUGGUGACAAUGAAUUAAGACCACCCUCCCAGCUACAUUCUGUCUUAGAGGAGACCGAGCCAGGGUUCAUAUCAGAAAAGAUUUUUGAGACAGUGUCCUUGAGUUCACACUCUCUCUUCCAGAGGGCAAUUUCAAUUCUUCAUACUUCUUACUUGGACUCUGCAUCUGAGCAUGGUUUUCAGUACAGUCAAGUGACUUUGGUGAAAAAUGACAUUUUCUUAAAUGAGUACAAAGCUUUUUACCAAGAAAAAAAAGCAAGUAAUUAUACUCAGGAAGAACUUAAAGAGACUUACGGAUUUCUUCUGUUUGAAACUGAAAGUCAGGCAAAGUUAGUAUGUCAGCGUGGACUCUGUGUGGGCAGCGGUGCUCUUACUACUCUUGGUGACCCAGCCAAAGGUGUGUAUAUUUCCAAAUAUUCAGACUAUCUUCAUGCAAGACCAUGGUAUCAUGGGAAGUCUGGUUAUGUUGUAAUUUUUAACCUAAUUAAGGGAAAAGUCAAGUUUGUGUCUGAGAAUUAUACAACUAACUAUACUAGCCCAUCUUCUGGCUAUGAUUGCCACGUGGCUGCAAAUACUAACAAGGUUUCUCACAAGACGAGUCAUUUUCGCGCAUUUGAACUGAGUCAGUAUUACCUCUAUGAACUUUCAGGCAGCACUGUUAUUGAGCGGCCCAGGCAGAUCUGUCCUUAUGUUGUUGUAGCUUUUCAGUACAGGGAACCUAAAAAGAUGGCAGCAUCAGCUCAUGAAAGCAUAUUUGAACUCAGUGAAAAUGCUCUUACCCCUUUGUGGCAAGGCAAAUUAAUUAUUCAAGGCUGUCUGCUGUGUGAUGUCAGUCUUUGGUCCUCUUACGGUACAGCUGUUCCAGCCCAACUACCACAUGAACUAGAUUUUAAGUAUGUAAUGACAAUCUCAUCUCUGAAAAAAAGACUACCAGAAGCUGCCUUUCGAAAACAGAAUUACUUGGAGCAAAAAGUCUGUUGCCAAGAUAUGUGCUUCAGGAUGUAUGAGGUGGAACUGUCAAACAAACAAGGGGAAAAAAUAGAUAAGCUAAUAGAAUACAUUAAAAAUAAGCAACUGGCGAUCGUCAAAUGCUUAGAAGAUCGGGGGUUUUUCAUUUUACUUACCUCAUCAGCCUUAAUGUCAGAAACAAAUUUUGCAGAUGAGCGGGCGUGCCUCCACGGGUUACACUUAUUCCAUUCGUCCCCUCCAGCAGGGCUGAAAGAAUUGAAAGUUGAAGAUGACAUCUCAUCAAAGGUAACACCUGUUUUACCUGCCCUUAAUUGUGCCCUUCUGGAAGCAAAGAAAUCAUUUACUGAAGAGGGAAUCUGUCCAAACACGUUAGUAAAGCGUAGUUUCCAAGAACUGUACAAGGUGGACAAAAGUCCCUCAUUGACUGCUGCUUCUCAGGAUGGAAUUAAAGAGACUGCGUUCUUCGGCCAACUGUCCAAUGGCUUUGACUUGGCUCCUCCAGCAGAAAAGUGCCCUUUACAGUCAUUCACUCAGCUGAAGUCUUAUUUUUCAGAUCCUACUGGGUACAUUUUGGAAGUGUCUACCGCGUUAGAUUUAUUAGCAGAGCGUCCUCAGUCCCCUUGUAUCUCAGAUGGGAUUUGCGAUGCUGGAUUUUCUUUAGUUAUGACUCCAGAUCCUGAAUUUUUGGAGUCAGAGGCAGAAGUAAGAAAAGAAACUGAAACCGAAAAGAAUCCCGAAGACAUGUCGAAAGUAAGGCAGGGAGCUGUGAUCUCGCUAAACCCAGCCUUAGGUCGGAGAGUCCAGCCCAAGAGGAAGGCAAGCGUGCCGCCCGCCGUGCAGAGUAAACGGGUGAACUUGUGCCGUCCCUUCCCCAAGAGGGCUGCCAGUGUGGGCAAGGGUUCCGACUGUCCCACGACGCUCAAAUUAGUUAAAGGACAGUUUCCUCAGAAAAGAAAAAGAGGUGCUGAAGUGCUGACUGCACAGUUUGUACAGACAACCAAAUUGGAUAGGAAAAACCAAGAAGCUCCCAUUUCUAAAGAUGUUCGAGUGGCAACGAGUGCUAAAAGGGCAAGGAAACAAGAGAACUCUCCAGUCAAAACUGUUCCAAGGGCUAAGCCACCCGUGAAGAAAUCUCCACAAAAACAGAGGGUAAAUAUAGUAAGAGGCAAUCAGAAUCCCAGACUCAAAAAGCAGCCACAACCUGCAAAAGGAGAAACUGGUUCACAGCUUCAAUCAGAAAUCUCAUCAGUUGGUCAAGAGGAUGUUGACAUAAAUGCAGCUCGGGCGGAAAGCAUCUCAGUGGCUCAGAAAGAUCUACCUGAAAACUCCAUUGUCAACUGUGACUCCCAGGCCCUAAAUAUGUUAGCUGACCUAGCGUUAAGUGCUGCUACUUCCGCCACGCCGCCAUCUGAGCCCAGAAACUUUCCCUGCCCCUCUGAACUGCCACAAGAUGAUGUUUUGCUUUCUAAAGAACAUUCUCUGCAUGGUACGUCUGACCAUGAAUAUCACAGAGGAGUUAAAAAUCAGAAAGGUGGACUGUUCCCGAAACCCUCCACUGGGAGGAAGAGCCCUCCAACGUCAGACUCCGCUGUCAGCCUGGAGGAAGAGAGCUCGGUUCCUGGCAGCAAGGCCCCUGUGGAAGCCUCGCCAGCACUUCCCGAGGAAACACUAGAAACUUCUGAGGCAAGCCAAAGCACUUUCGUUGCCGUGGAACAUUCCUAUGCCCUGCUGCUUGCAGAACAUUCAAAGAAGCAUCUGCAACAGAGAGGAAUCCCAGGCCCGGCCUUCGCCAAGAAUGGCACCAAAGGCCCCGAGGCAGGGACCCCCGUGGGGAAAGUCAUGCCCUUCCGACAUCAGCAGAGCACCUCCCCGCCGCGGAAGCUGUCUGAGGACCCGCUACCCAAGUGCAGGAGCCAAGUGGUGUCCUCUGACCCGAGAGACUUUCAGUGCUCUCACACUGUGCUCAGCUGUGACGGCUCCGUCAAGGUCACGUUCCAAUGUGAGACAGAGUACGUAUUCGGCUUAGACAGCAAGUACACCAACCACCCGCUGGAGAAAACUGUAGUAAGAGCGCUGCAUGGGCCCUGGAACACUGACUUACCUGAUAAUGUGGAAGAAGUGAAGCUUUUACUUCAUAUGUGGGUGGCUCUGUUUUACAGCAGUCACAACAAGGUGAUGCGGUCAUCCCGAAAAGUGGUGGAGCACAGCAACCCCGCAAAAUACGUGUCUAUAAAUAGCACAUUAGAAUCGUUGGAAUUCAGCGAACUUGAGGAGGCCUCCAGCGUGCAGAGGUGUCCUGUGGACCCUCUGUUGGAGACUAACAAAUCUCCCAGAGGUCCUGCUGCCGACGUGUCCUUCCCAGACGCCGACUCCUUGCUUCCCUUCAUUAAACCACCACCCACGAGAGGCUUGGAGCUCUGGGUGCAGAACGAACAGAAAGACAUGUUUGCAGGAGAGGGUCUUCCAGACACCCCAGAGAGCCUGAAUUUCUUCUCUUCUUGUAAUAAUGAGGUAAUUGGGGAAAAAGCCAAAGAAGAUUCAUCAGAUAACCUAGAGACUUCUAAUCUUGUGCUUUCUGGUAUUGGAAGUACCCAAACUAAUGGGCCUCCUGUUCCUGGUGAAGAUAAAGCCUUUGAGCCACCUGAUAGCACAAGAGUGACUUCUGAUGAUACUGUCACGCAAACCGCACUCACCAAGACUUACGAUGGGAUCAGCAGUCAGUCAGUGAUUUGUCAGAAGUCUGCAUACAGCACCCUGGAAAGCAAAGCUGAUAUUUUUCAUGCAACAGUGCAGACAAAAACAGGUACCUUACAGGGCCAUGUCCAGCAUAGAAGCCCCGUAAACCAAGAACGCCAGCCUUCAUUGGAGAGGAAGGAUGAUACAGAGUAUGUGAUGAUUAAUCUGGAACCAGUUACGUUCACUUUUGAAAAAAAUAACUAUGUACCAGUACAGACAGAAGUUGUAAAUAGAACCCACGAACCUAUGGCCUUUACUAUGGAGUCGAUUAAACAGGUACCACCUGCUACAAGUCUUAGACAUCCCGUGUCUGCAUUUGAAAAAGCACAAACACAAGGCCUUAGGGACGGUCCAUCUCUAGCAACGUCCAGACAAAAAGGCACUAAGCACCUGUGUGCCUCCUCCGUCGGUAGAGAGACACUUGCCGAAGAAGUGUGUUCGCUACAGAAAGAGAUUCCUGUUCCAGGCUCAUCGUCACCAUCUGAUAAUUCAGUGGUGGCGGAGGCAUUAUCGUUAGUUAAAAGUUCUAAUUUUUCGUUACCCAAAGAAGAAAUGAAACUCUCUCAAUUUUUUCUGCAGACUCCAAGUCUCUUUGGCAUAUCUUCGGAAGAGGUCGUUGAGCCGUCGCAGGUUGAAGAGGUGGUCCUGGCACCGGCCUCUGCCACUUUGGAAAAAGGUUAUUCACAUGACUACAUGCCAUCGAUGGGUGAUACAGCCGACAGCUCCUCAGGACUGACCGAUGACAAGAGCGGUCUCCAGAGUGAAAAUAGGAGUUUUGAGUCUUUGAAUUCAGCAUUUACCCAACCAACCAGACUCUCUCUGAAUAGAGAGGAGGCCAGCCUGGAGUUCUCAGAGGAGGAUUCCGACAUAGACCUCACGCUCACGAUAUCGCCACCAACCAGCCCCAGAGAAGAAGUGCCGGCCGGCAGACUGAAGCUGCAGCAGGAGGCCUCGGCAUCAAAUGUAGAGCUUCCUGACGUGACUGACGAAAUAAUCAAGCCAGAAGAGGUGACUUUCAUAGAAAACAGAAAAGCGAAUUCUGCUAACUGUACAUCCACGUAUCCUGCGGUGUCAGAGAAAUCAUUAGAAAACGAGAGAAAAGGUGAUAAUUUACAAACAGUCACCUUAAUACUUUCUAAAGAAACUUGUGCCCUUGAGAUUGCAGAGGAGGUUAAUGUCACCUCAGACUUUCCCUUCAGUUCUUUAAUUGAAGAAGUGUCACCAGCUUCUAGUCCUGACCCCCAAGUGCCAGUCGAAGGAACACAACUAUGUCAGGCUGUGUCUCUGUGUAGUUUAAAACUUGCUGAUACACACUGUGAGAAAAGUGACCGAUUCUCCCAGGUCGAGUCAGUAGAUUCGGCCAUCACGGAGAAAGAAGGCUCUUUUGUCAGUCCUACCUGUCCAGGGGAACGAGACAGUGUACCUGGAGUACACGAGACGUGGCUUUCUGCUGGGCUGCCUCACCCAGGAAGAAAAGAUGGCUGUUUGAGCCUUCCUAGUAGAGCAACCGAGGAAGUUGUCCCGAGGGAGCAUGGCGAGGGUUCCUCUUUCUCAGAAAAGGUGCCGUCCUGUGAUACGGGCUUGAGCCAGCCUGCCUCAGCUGCCCAAUAUGGAGAUGACUUCAAGCUUUCUCUAGAAAAAUUGGUAACAUCAGGAAUUCCACUGCAGCCACUUAGCAUACAGAACAGGAAUUCAGACUUCAAUCAGCUGGUCUUGGAGACCUGGGAGUCUCCAUUUAGCCCUAGAAAGAUGAUUGAAAAUAAGUCUUCGGCUGACACAUUUGUUUCUACAGCUGCACCAAGUGCUAUAGCAAAUGUGUCACUGAAACAGGAGAUUGGCCCUAAAAGCAUCGAGAAGAAUCUCUUUAGCAUUGAUUUGAAGACAAAUGAAGGCAUUUAUGUCCAAGCCAAGUCCUUGAGCUCCGGCUCCGUUGGCGGAGCUGACGCCACACAGACACGCAGGCACUCGGGGCUCCCCAGACUUGCCUUUCGCUCACGUGGCGCUGCUGCCUUCCCCCAUUGUUCAACAGCCACGAACGCAGAGACGGGCUUUCAAACUCAGGAAAUAGCCGUAGUCAGAAUGGCCAGUUUGCUUAAGAAUAGUGACACUGAGGCCAAGUUCCACGAAGAAGCCAUAGACCUAGGAGGUGUUGAUUCUCAGUUGCACAUCACGUCUCCAGAAGAUAAGCAAGAAACAAUCCACGUGCUGCAAGACGGGUCAGUGUGUGAAACGAAAGAUGCGUUGAAGGCUGGGCUUUCCCCCACGUAUUUACAUGCUGAUUCUUGCCAAGGCACAGCAGUCACCAGUGAAAAUAGCAGUAGAGAGCCUUGUGCUUCCUCUGUUCCCCAGUCUCACACCCCUCUUAUCUGUGGAGUCUCUGAAGAGCAGACGGCAAAUAAGGGUCCUGGUGAGGGGCUCAGAGCCAAGGAAGACUCGGGGACCCUGAGCAGAGACAUGGACCUCGGUGUGAAUUCUGACAUCCAUUACGAGCCACUUUCUGGAGAGUCCGAUCAAGACUCUUGUGGUGGGUGUAGAAAUCCCCAAUCGGUGGUGGAGGGUUCCUGCUCUGUGCGAUGUAGUCAAACCAAGAAGGAAGAUGCUCCAAAAGAUGAUUAUGACUCUUUCCUGAGCCCAAAUAAUAGUGAUAAUGAAGAGUGGGGCUACUGCAAGCAGUCCUCAGGGUUGGAAACAGGCCUUCCUCCCAGACACUGGCUCUGUGGACUCAAGAAGGAAGACCGGUGUGUGCCAUCUUACGUCCAGAUCCGAGACCUCUGUGGCAUCCUCAGGACUUAUGCUAAUUUCACCAUAACUAAAGAGCUCAAAGAGACCACGAGAACUUUGCACGGCCUGAAGAGGUGCCCCGGUUUCAUGGCAAAACGUGGUUUGCUCAGCUGGACAAAUACUUGGCAGGUGGCAGAUGACCUCACCCAGAACACUUUGGAUCUGGAGUAUCUGCGUUUUGCACAUAAGCUAAAACAGAUUGUAAAGAACGGAGAUUCUCGGCAUUCUGCCUCUUCUGCCAGUGUCUUUCCAAAGGAGCCCCCUCUCCAGAUCGCUGCGGGAGCUCCCCCUCUGACAAAACUAUCCGAGGCCCCGGCUCUGUGCCCUGCGUUCCGGAGCAGAAGUCCCCUCAUGGUAACAAUGGUUCUCUCGGACCCCAGACAGCAGAGUCUGCAUAGGAGAGGCCAGAUGCUCGGCGGUUCGGACAGUUCCUGCUUCUGGAAGGAAAGGUGUGGUCACGGUAGAAAUCAUCUUACAAACUCUGAAAGAAAUCACACCGUUUCAUUCCACCUCAACAAACUGAAAUACAACACGACUUUGAAAGAAUCCCGGAGUGAUAUUUCGCUUAUUCUCAACGAAUAUGCCGAAUUCAACAAGGUGAUGAUGAAUAGCAACCCGGUCAUUUUCCCAGAGAAAGAGUCAAGUGCGGCUCCUGGAGAAGCCGCCUCUCCAGAGCUGUACUCCUCUCUCCCGCGGGCAGCCUCCUACGAGGACAUGAUCACAGACCUGUGCACCAGCUUGCACGUCAAACUGAAGAACGUGGUGAAAGAGGCCUGCGAGAGUCCCUUCCUGUUCUACCUCGUUGAGACCGAAGACCAGUCAUUCCUUGUGAGGACGAAGGCCCUUCUGAGGAAAGGAGGCCAUACGGAAAUGGAACCGCAGCAUUUCUGUCAAGCUUUUCCCAGAGAGAACGACACACUGGUGGUCGUCAUCAGAAACGAAGACAUAGCAUCGCAUCUGCAUCAAAUUCCCUGUUUGCUGAGGCUGAAGCACUUCCCCGGUGUCAUGUUCGCUGGCGUGGACGGCCCUGAAGACGUCCCCGAGUGCACCUACCAGGAGCUCUUCCACGCCGGAGGCUUUGUGGUCUCAGAUGACAAGAUCCUGGAAACUCUGACAUUAGUUCAGCUGAAGGACAUGGUCAAAACCCUGGAGAAGCUGAACGGAAACGGGAGAUGGAAGUGGCUGCUUCACCACAGGGAGAAUAAGCAGCUGAAGGAAGACGUCAGAGUGGAUUCGAUAGCACGUAAGAAGAACUUAAUACUGAGAUCCUAUCAGAGCGCGAAUCUCAUCGAACUGCUUCAUUACCACCAUUGUGACUCUCGAUCGCCAACAAAAGCAGAACAUUUGAAAUGUCUGCUCAACCUGCAAGUUCAGCACGUCCACGCCAGGUUCGCGGUCUUCCUGACAGAAAAGCCUACCAUCUCCAGAGAAGUCUUUGAAAACAGUGGCAUCCUUGUUACAGAUGUAAAUAACUUUAUUGAAAAUAUACAAAAAAUAGCAGCUCCGUUUAAGAGUAGCUAUUGGUAAGAACACUUUCCAGAACUCUCCCUCGUGAGCAGGACAGGACUGAUAUGGACAUUCUGUCUGUGAGGAAACCAGUUGUUUGAAAACUCUGCUCUUUAGUAUACAUCAUGCUGUAAAUUUUAAAUCUGUGUUAGGGGUGGGAUUGCUGUUGGUUUGGCAUUAAAGUCAGAAUUUUUGAAGGAUCAUCUACUUCAGGGUCCCCCGUUUCAUCUGAAUGAACACAUUUUCACUUGCGGUUCAUCUCGUUCCCAGGACGGAAGAUAACGUCCCUCUUCGACAGCAUCCUAUUUACAAAACAUUUCUUGGUUAUUCUGUUUAUGAAGACGGAAUGACCAAUUUUGUGUUUAUGCAGGGGACUCUGCUGCAGCUUGCCUAGAACACCAGUGGUGCCACCAACAAAUUAGUAUUUUCCUUUUACUUUGGAAACUUUUUAGAUACACGGAACAGCCUUCUCAUAUCUGAACAAUCAAUGUUCUACGACAUAGGAGUGUUCUUCAUUUCUUCACACUCUGCUCUAAAAUCUUGGACUUCACUCCCAGUGGGACAGCAGCUGUCUACCAGCUUCGGGUUAUACUAUUAAAUAUCGUUUUAAAUUAUUUCAUUUUUACGGAGCGCCUUCAAAGCUAUUAAGCUCAACGUUAAAAAGAGCUUUACAGACACGUUUACUUAGGUGUAGCAAAAAGAAGUCUAUUUUAACCAAUAGCUUUGUUUUUGCAUGUCAGUGUCGAAAAGGCGUAUGUAGUGCAUGUUACAGCCUGUUUGAAAGGUUUUGCCACCCUUGUAAAAGCUGUAAUCUUGGUUUUAUUUGCUGUUACUCUAGCAACACUACAGGAAGUUAAAUGGUACAAAUUUAUGAACGGUCAUUUUUCACUUAGAUUUUGUAAACAGCGCAUUACAAAGUCAACCCUCGGAGGAAGAAAAUCAUUUAUUUAUGGUAUUAGAAAUAAUUUCUAGGGUAAUCUUUAAACUCAAAACCAAGCAAAAAAGUUUGUAGAGAUACAUAGUAUCUAUUUGGAACAGAGGUUUUUCUAACCAAUUUGUUUCAUUUUUUAAUAAAGACAACUGAAAAUCA